CUAAUUUUAAAGUUCUUUAUGGCAACACAGUCCCUUCAAACUUCAUUUCUUUUAGAAAAUUGUGAUCAUGGCGCGUGUACCACCGCCCGCACCUAAGAAAGAUAAAAAGGAGAAGAAACCUCCUAAAGACAACUCCAAAAAUGUUAUGAGAAAUCUUCAUAUCAGGAAGUUAUGCCUGAACAUCUGUGUAGGAGAGUCUGGAGACAGACUGACACGUGCUGCUAAGGUGUUGGAACAGCUUACUGGUCAACAGCCAGUGUUCUCCAAAGCGAGGUACACUGUGAGAUCUUUUGGUAUCCGUCGUAAUGAAAAGAUUGCUGUUCAUUGCACAGUCCGUGGUGCCAAAGCUGAGGAAAUCCUUGAAAGGGGCCUGAAAGUAAGGGAAUAUGAAUUGAGAAGGGACAACUUCUCCGCCACUGGCAACUUUGGUUUUGGUAUUCAAGAACACAUUGACUUGGGUAUCAAGUAUGAUCCUUCAAUUGGUAUCUACGGUCUUGACUUCUACGUCGUUCUAGGAAGGCCAGGUUUCAAUGUUGCUCAUAGAAGACGCAAAACCGGCAAGGUUGGUUUCCCCCAUCGCCUCACGAAGGAGGACGCCAUGAAGUGGUUCCAACAGAAAUACGAUGGUAUCAUCCUUAACAGCAAAAAGUAAAAUAAGUAAUAAUAAAAAAAUUAUAAAGAUC